AUUUCGGCCUUUUUGCUGGAUUUGGAGGAUGUCGCGCCAAAAGCCGGCCGCGCUCCAGCUGGACUCGUCGCUGGCAACCCCUGUCCGGGCCCACCCGAACAACCACAGCUUGCCUUCUCACAUUGCCGCGCCUGCCGCUGCCGGCUUCGUGCUGGACGCCGCCUCGAUUGGCUUUGCUGACCAAUCCCACUCUGCAGCCCACCGGCAGCGGCUGUACGGCUCAGGCCUCGACGCUGCCGUCCAUGCACCCAUCGCAAUGGGCACACUGGGCGCUGCGGAGCUGAGCCACCACAAUGCGGCGGCGGCGGCGGCGGCACCCGUCGUCAACCUCGGCAGCACGCCUGCGAACCAUUUGCAGCCAGCCAUCUCGACGCCCAGAGACUUUGCCAUCGCCCUGGCUCAUAUUGACGCCGCCAUGGCGGAAGGAAUGUCAAUGACACACAACCCAAGCUCAGAGUCGCAUGGCACGCACAGAUCAGGAAUGGGUGCAGCCACUACCAUGGAUCAGCACGGUAGCGCUUCCCGUCAAAUUAUGAUGGAACAAGAGGUUCCACCAUACAUUGGCCAUCAGCUGGUUCGUCGAGCGUCUCCUCAACCACCGUCGCAAGUAUAUCAGCAACCAGAACACGCGCAACCGAUGCUCCGUCGAGCGUCUCCUCAGCCGCCGUCGCAAGUACAUCAGCAACCAGAACACGCGCAGCCGAUGCUUCGCCGAGCGUCGCCACAGCCGCCAACACAGGAGCUGCUGCCGCAACCGUUCGCGCCCUACCAACCGCCGCUUUUGUACAGUCCGCCGCAGCAAAACCUACACCACCCCACGCCGUUUCAAUUCACCCAACCAAACGAGGAGCUCUCUACAGGCGCCGGAUCAACCACCUCCACUCUGCAUGCGAGCUCUAGUAGCGUCUUUGCUGGCUUGGAUAUCGCAGUGCUCGACGAUGCUUCAUCCGACCGGCCUCAUUCUCCAAGGCCCGCGCGAGCCUCUUUGAAUGAGGUGACCAACACGUUGGCCGAAAUAUCUGAAGAAGUUGAAAGAAAAGCGUCACCAUUCUUGAAUCCGCUCCAUCCUCCGCAGCAGGACCAGCAACAACAGCAACUUGAACAACAGCUUGUACUGCAGCAACAACAGCAUCAAUAUCUGCAGCAGCAGCAGCAGCAGCAGCAGCAGCAGGCACUUCAGCAAUCUCUUCACCAUACACCGUACCAAGAGCAACCGCAGUACCAACAGCCGCAGUACCAAGAGCAAUCGCAAUAUCAACAGCAACCUCCUUAUCAGCAGGUGCAAUCUCAGUACCCUCAGCAAAUGCCUCACCAAGCUCUUCCUCUGCCACUCGUAUCUCAAGACCAGCAACACGCAUCUGAAUCAUUGCAUGCUUAUUCACAGACCAACUAUCUGCCGGCUCAAACAAUGUCCUUCGACUCAACACCUUCUCCACUUCUCAAUGACCUCGACAACGCCUCGCAAUCGGGCAUAUCUAGUACCAGUGCGAGCUCGUCUGCAACCGCCCUCCCACCAUCGUCGGUACUUGACGAGGAGGAGUACGGUGACAGCGACUUGGACGGCACUCCCUUUAACACAGUCCAUGAUCGGCGACAGCUGCACCUGAUAUCCGAGCAGCGGCGGCGGAAAAACAUGAAGGAUUCCUUUGACGAGUUGACGCGGAUGGUUCCUGGCUGCAAAGACCGAGCAAGCAAGCUUGAUAUUCUGCUCAAGACGAUCGAUUUCUUGACCUUCCUCAGAAAGCAGAACGAUCUCUUGCAGGCUGAGAAUGCGGGUUUGAAGGACGCCCUGCUCCAAUUCUCGCAAUCACAGCAGCUGCAAGAGUACGGUCAAGGUGGCGAGGUCGAAAGGGUCAUUCCUGAGCUGCCAGCUGUGUCAACAAUCCCUACAACGCGCGUGCCUAGCUCUAGUCGCAGUAGUAGCAUUAGUAGCAGCAGUAGCAGUAGUAGUGGUGCGCCAGUGCAACGACAACCAGCAGCAGCCAAAGCCAAAUCUGUUUUGCGCGAACGGAUUCGCAAGCAACAGGAGCAACGGCAGCAGCAGCAACAAGAGAUUCAAAACACGCAUCAAGACCAUGUUCGCAACGUGCUCUACUCGCUUGGGUUGUAACAACGCAAAUCAAUUGUUUCAAGUG